CGCUGAGCCUGAGGGGGAGCCGGAAAGGACCCUCUGAACAGGAACAGAAAUGAGUAAAAACAGCUGGCCGAGUAGGAGAAGACAUGGAAGAAGAAUCUAUCAGCAGAACCCUUGGUUCAGACUACGUGAUUCUAACGAGAGGUAUGACCCAGGAGCACUGCAGAGCACUCAGGAUUCUGGUCCCGGUGAUGACGAGUCCCCAUCAACCUCAUCUGGCGUAGCCGGGAGUUCUUCUGUGCCAGACCUACCAGGGUAUUACUUCGACCCUGAAAAGAAACGCUACUUCCGCUUGCUUCCUGGACAUAACAACUGCAACCCCCUCACGAAGGAGAGCAUCCGGCAGAAGGAAAUGGAGAAAAAAAGACUGCAGCUGCUUGAGGAAGAGGACAAGCAGAAAAAGAAAAUAGCCAGAUUGGGAUUUAAUGCAUCUUCUAUGCUGCGAAAAAACCAGCUGGGUUUUCUCAAUGUCACCAAUUAUUGCCGUUUAGCCCAUGAGCUGCGUGUGAGCUGCAUGCAAAGGAAGAAGGUCCAGAUUCACAGCUCAGAUCCCUCUGCUUUGGCAAGCGACCGAUUUAACCUCAUACUGGCGGAUACCAACAGUGACCGGCUCUUCACAGUGAACGAUGUCAAAGUUGGAGGCUCCAAGUAUGGCAUCAUCAACCUGCGCGGUCUAAAGACCCCCUCACUCAGGGUUCACAUGCACGAAAACCUCUACUUCACCAACCGGAAGGUGAAUUCUGUGUGCUGGGCUUCGCUGAAUCACUUGGAUUCCCACAUUCUGCUGUGCCUCAUGGGACUUGCAGAGACUCCAGGCUGUGCCACCCUGCUCCCAGCAUCACUGUUCGUCAGUAGUCACCCAGGAGUGGACCGGCCUGGCAUGCUCUGCAGUUUCCGGAUCCCUGGUGCCUGGUCCUGUGCAUGGUCACUGAACAUCCAGGCAAAUAACUGCUUCAGUACAGGCUUGUCUCGGCGUGUCCUGCUAACCAAUGUGGUGACGGGGCACCGGCAGUCGUUUGUGACCAGCAGUGAUGUCUUGACCCAGCAGUUUGCUCUCUUGGCUCCUUUGCUGUUUAACGGCUGUCGCUCCGGGGAGAUCUUUGCCAUUGAUCUGCGUUGUGGAAAUCAAGGCAAGGGGUGGAAGGCCACCCGCCUGUUCCAUGACUCAGCAGUGACCUCUGUGCAAAUCCUCCAAGAAGAGGAAUGUGUGAUGGCAUCAGACAUGGCUGGAAAGAUCAAGCUGUGGGACCUGAGGGCCACGAAGUGUAUAAGGCAGUACGAAGGCCAUGUGAAUGAGUACGCCUACCUGCCCUUGCACGUGCACGAGGAGGAAGGAGUCGUGGUGGCAGUGGGCCAGGACUGCUACACGAGAAUCUGGAGCCUCCAUGAUGCCCAGCUGCUCAGAACCAUACCCUCUCCGUACCCCACCUCCAAGGCCGACAUUCCCAGUGUGGCCUUCUCUUCACGGCUUGGGGGCUUUCGGGGAGCGCCGGGCCUGCUCAUGGCCGUCCAGCGGGACCUGUAUUGUUUCUCCUACGGCUAAUUCUGCAGGAUACAGCCAGGAGGAAUGUGGAUUGACUUAGGGGAGUAAAGAGUGGCUUAUUUCUGUUUCUAAUGAGGGCAUUUUAAGUGACACAGAUCCCAGCCAUCUGGCUGCUGGGGGCAAGGUGCUAAGUGUUUUAUGUGGAGACACUUGAGCAAAGUUGUUUCAGUUAAACAGUGUGCUCAGAGAGCUUGAAAGUCCUUUUCAUAAAAGGUACCUAUUUCCUUUUCUGGUCGAAUUCCUUAGAAUAGUUUAUGUCCCCCUUUUUUGUUUAACAGAAAAGACUAGUUCUGAGGACUGAACAUCAGUGAAAACUAUAGUAACCAAAUUAAAGCUGCUGCUUUCACCACAGGCUGUUUGGGAGAAGCCUAAUGAUGAGACUGGUGAGACUGUUUGACUAGUCAGUGCCUGGGUCGCAGGAAGACAUUCAUCUUCUGUACUUGAGGAAGCUAGCAGGAGAUGGGGGGAGACUCAUUUCCCUGAGUCUCUACAGAACAAUUUAAAGCUGGAAUUUAGACUCAUUAAACUAGCCUUCUCAAACUCAAUAUCCAUAGCAAAUCUCUGAGAUUCUCCUUUUGUUAUUAUCCAUAGGCAUUGGGAGGAAUGAUUGAUCUUUUUCAAUGCUAGAAGUUUAAAACAAUCCUUAAUGCACCCUUGUUGAGGCACCUUCCAGAAUGUAGGGUACAGCAGCUCCGGCUUCUAGCAUGAUGACAUGAAUGUCAGAUUUAAGGGCCCAGUGUCAAAGAAAAUUGGCUUUGACUUUUGUAAUCUAGGAGUGGCAGUUGGUGAAAUGUUGA